AAAAGAUAUACCCAUCCACCCCACCGCGACCCCUCUUUUUUUUUCUCUCCAGUUGAUCCAAAUCUUCUCCAACUUUCCUACAAGACACCUCCCUCAAACAAUUUUUCUAUUGUAAUUCUAAUCUCUCCAUCUAGUUUUGGUACGAGGAAGAUGAAAAAGGUUUUGUCUGAUAUCAUUUUUAAUAAGCUUAAUUAGUUUACAUUUUAAUUUGAAGUGGUGAUGUCCGCUUGAGUGACCAGAAAUAGAAAUGAACGGAGAUCGGCUAAUUUUUUAACUAAAAUAUCUAAAAUUCUUCUUUCUUAUCACAAAAUCACAUCAAUUCGUAGAUUCAAUUCUUUUUUUCACAAAAUCACAUCAAUUCGUAGAUUUAAAUUUUUUCUUUUGGAAAACACAUCAAUUCGUGUCCGUAUAUAUAUAUAUAUAAAUGAACGGAGACAUUUCAGAUAUUUUAGUUAAAAAGUUAGCCGAUCUCCGUUCAUUUCUAUUUCUGAUCACUCAAGUAGACAUCACCACUUCAAAUUAAAAUGUAAACUAAUUAAGCUUAUUAAAAAUGAUAUCAGACAAAACCUUUUUCAUCUUCCUCGUACCAAAACUAGAUGGAGAGAUUAGAAUUACAAUAGAAAAAUUGUUUGAGGGAGGUGUCUUGUAGGAAAGUUGGAUAUAAAGAAUUAAAAGAAGCGAGAUAAAAAAGAAAAGAAAAAGAAGAGCAGAGAGUUUGGAGUUUUGAGGAAGAAGAUGAUGACUAGAAUAAGGAGGAAUGUAUAGUGAGCAUGGCAGUUGCUGGAGCAAUUAUAGGUGCAGCAAUUGGCGGUUGGCUUAAUGACAAAUUUGGGAGGAAAAGUGCUAUACUCAUUGCUGAUUUCCUCUUCUUUGUUGGAGCUGUGAUUAUGGCAUCAGCAAUAAAUUCAGCACUCCUCAUACUUGGUAGAGUCUUUGUUGGAUUUGGUGUUGGUAUGGCAUCAAUGACUGCUCCUUUAUACAUAUCAGAGGCUUCUCCUGCUAAAAUUAGAGGUGCCCUUGUUAGUACCAAUGGAUUUCUCAUCACUGCUGGACAAUUCUUAUCCUAUCUUAUUAACCUUGCUUUCACCAAGGCACCAGGCACCUGGAGAUGGAUGCUUGGAGUAGCAGGAUUGCCAGCCCUCCUUCAGUUUAUAUUAAUGCUUCUUCUUCCAGAAUCGCCUCGUUGGCUUUAUCGCAAGGGAAGGCAAGAGGAAGCUAAGACAAUACUAAGGAAUAUAUAUUCAUCUGAACAAGUUGAGGUCGAAAUUCAAGCUCUUAAAGAAUCAGUAGACAAUGAAAUUGAAGAAAACAGAGUAUCUGAAAACAUCAAUCUCUUCAAACUAUGCCAGACGAAAACAGUUCGUCGUGGACUAAUAGCUGGAGUUGGUCUUCAAGUCUUCCAACAAUUUGUAGGCAUAAACACUGUCAUGUAUUACAGUCCUACUAUCAUUCAGCUGGCUGGAAUUGCCUCGAACCAGACAGCUCUCCUUCUAUCACUUGUUACAGCGGGGCUAAACGCUUUUGGCUCCAUUGUGAGCAUAUAUUUUAUAGAUAGGACUGGAAGGAAGAAGCUUCUUGUAAUCAGCUUGUGCGGUGUUGUGAUUUCUCUGGGGUUUCUAUCAGCAGUGUUCCAUGAGGCUACUUCAACUUCACCAGCAGUUGGUAUGGCUGAGACAUCUCGCUUUGCAGCAAAUUUCACUUGUCCUGCUUACCAUGAUGCUGCUUCUGCUAGUUCUUGGGAUUGUACUAGGUGUCUUGAAGCUUCUCCUAGUUGUGGCUUCUGUGCUUCACCUCAAAAUAAGUUGCUACCUGGGGCAUGCCUCAUGUCUAAUGAUAUAAUUAAGGAUUCUUGUCAUGAUCAAGAUAGUUUAUGGUACUCAAGAGGAUGCCCUAGUAGAUAUGGAUGGCUAGCCCUACUCGGGCUAGCGUUCUACAUCCUUUUCUUCUCUCCGGGAAUGGGUACUGUUCCAUGGAUUGUUAACUCGGAGAUAUACCCUUUAAGAUUUCGAGGGGUUUGUGGAGGAAUAGCUGCAACAACAAACUGGAUUUCAAACCUUAUUGUUGCACAAUCCUUUUUGUCAUUGACACAUGCCAUUGGAACAUCAUGGACUUUCCUUGUAUUUGGAGUCAUCUCUGUUGUAGCCUUGCUUUUUGUCCUGAUUUGUGUUCCAGAAACUAAGGGGCUUCCUAUUGAAGAAAUUGAGAAGAUUUUGGAGAGAAGAGGUUUACAUAUGAUGUUUUGGAAGAAAAGGGCUAAUGAGAAGAAUGGUGGAGAAAAUGAUACCAAUAAAGAAGGGGAUGGAGAUGUAUGAAGAUUGAAGAUAUGUUAAAAUAAACAUAGAUAACUUUGAUUUGAACUGAGAAUCCUUUAAUUAGUUUACAGUGUUUGAUAGGAUUUUCAAAUUAUUGAAGAUAAAUAAUUAAUAUGAUAUAGAUUAUUAGAUCAAGAUGGAUAAUUGAUAAGAACUUUUUUCAAGGAAACUUAUUUUGUUCAAGAAUAACUUCUUCCUCAA